GAAAGCAAAGAAAAAACCGUGUUCUUCACAUACCAACAAAUUUCCAUCAAUAUUCAUUAAAGAAAAAAAAACAUUUUUUCAUCUAUAUAAAGUGUUCUUUGAGAAUACCAGGAACCACAAAACUCAAAACAUGGGAAACAUUGAUCCAGCUUUCAUACAAUCCACAGAACACCGUCCCGACUUAUCCACCUUUGUCCAAGUUGAUGAAAUUCCAAUCAUCGACCUCUCAGAAACUAGUCAAGAAAGCCUUAUCUCGAAGGUUGGCAAUGCAUGUGAAGAAUGGGGAUUCUUUCAAGUCAUCAACCAUGGAGUUCCUGCUGAGGUUAGCGAAAAGGUUGAGACUGAGAUGAAGAGGUUCUUUGAGCUAAGCUUGGAGGAAAAGAAGAAAGUGAAAAGAGAUGCUGUUAAUGCAAUGGGGUAUCAUGAUGCUGAACAUACCAAGAACAUAAGAGACUGGAAAGAGGUUUUUGAUUAUCUUGUUGGGGGUACAACACAAGUUCCUUCUUCUCAUGAACCAGGUGACUUUGAGCUAAGGACUCUCACCAACCAAUGGCCUCAAAACCCUCCUCAAUUCAGGGAGGCAAUGCAGGAAUAUGCUAGGCAAGUGGAGAAGCUAUCUUACAGGUUACUGGAGUUGAUUUCUCUGAGCUUAGGCUUACCUGGUGAAAAAUUCCAUGAGUGUUUCAAGAAUCAACUAAGCAUGGUGAGGCUGAACCACUAUCCUCCAUGUCCUUUCCCUGAUCUGGCACUCGGCGUUGGCCGUCACACUGAUUCUAGUGCCUUGACUGUGCUUGCACAAGAUGAAACUGGAGGCUUACAAGUCAAGAGAAAAUCAGUUGGUGAUUGGGUUCCUGUUAAGCCUACUCCUGGUGCAUUCAUCAUCAAUGUCGGUGACGUUGUUCAGGUGUGGAGCAAUGACAAGUAUACGAGUGUUGAACACAGGGUGGUAGUAAACACACAGAAGGAAAGGUUUUCGAUUCCAUUGUUCUUUUAUCCUAGUCAAGAUGUUAUGGCGAAACCUGCAGAAGAGCUGGUGAAUGAGAAGAAUCCUGCGAAAUAUAAACCAUACAAUAUUGGCAAAUUCUAUGCUAAUAGAAAUCGUAGUGAUUUCAACAAACGUGAGGUUGAGAAUAUCCAGAUUCAUCAUUUCAGAAUUUUGGAUUAGAGAUGGUUAGAUCCAAUUAUAGAGUUUCAAUUCCUAUUCUCUUAAAAAGACAAAAUAAAAGCAAAUAAAAGCAUGAUCAGAGUAAUCAUGUGGACAUGUAGUUUUAAGUCAAUGUUUCGAAUUCUGAAAUUUUGAUGAAUUCAUGCCAUGGCAAUAGAAUAAUCUUGUGCAAAUUAUCUUCAAACUUUUUAGAUGAAGCAAAUUCUCUCAUAUCAAUUAAAGAGUCAGGAAAAAAUGUUACCUCAAGUUAUGCAUAGUGCUUGUGUAAAGCACAACAAAAGAGUAUUUUUCACACAAAUACAAGUAAUAUAUAAUUGUGUCAA